UUCGUGACGCGCGCGUGACGAACGUUCGCGAACGACGCGUCGAGGACCACCGACGCAUCGAAGCAUCGAAGCGAGAGAACGAACGCGCUUCACGCGCGAACGCACGAAGCGCGGUUCACGCGCGGUCGAGCGCGGGACACGCGCGAGCGCGACCUCAGGAGGCGAAUUGACAUUCGCGCGUGGGAAUUAAUUCAACGACGAGAGAAGCGACCAUGGCGGGCGCGCGACGCGCGCCUUCGAAGAGAUCGAGCUCGAAGAAGUCGGCGCGAAGCACGCGCUCGAGCCCGAAGUCUAAACUUCCGAGUUUGCCGAAGAUCGGGAAUCCGUUGACGACGCUCGUGAAUUUGAACGUGCUCGGAAACGCGAAGGCGACGGCGACGAUGCUGACGUCGGUGAGCGGGUUGAAGACGUUUUUGGAACGACUCGGGGCGUACGGUGCGGCGACGUCGAUCGCGUACGCGGGCGUGCCGGAGCUCGGUGGACGAGGCACGGCGGCGAUGUUUAAGUCGCUCGGGUUGAAGGGAGCGUCCGGGCCGUUGGCGCCCGUCGGCGCCGCGUGGUUCGGCGCGCACUGGAGCUUCGUGCAGUUUCUCAUCGGUUUCGGCGCCAUCUUGGGCAUCGGGUCGAACAGUGACAUUCCGGCGCUCUUCACCGCUAUGAGCUUAUUCUUAUGCGGUAACACCAUGAUCGCCGGCUCUUCGCACGGCGUUCGCGAUGUGUUCAUUCGCAACGCCAUGGCGUUCAAGUACUCGAACGCCAUUCUUUUGUUGCUCACGACGCGCAAGGCGCGCGGCUACUUUUCUUCCAAGCAAGCCGCCGCGCUUCGCAAGCUCGCGAUCGCUGUUCCGGGCUUGAUGAUGAGCUUCCUCAUGAUGCAAGGCUCGUCCAUGGCCAAGUUCACCGCCGCCGGCAUGACCGGUCCGGGCGUCCUCGGCCCGGUCGCCGGCUUGAUCUUCCACCCGCUGCACCACGUCGUCAGCACGUGCGUCGCCUUGGGCUACAUCUCUGGCUACUCCACCCGACGCGCCGCGUUGUUCUUGUGCCUCGAGCUUCUCAUCGUCGCCACUUCUUUGGCGCCGCAAAUGGUUCAGCCCUGGGGCCGCGCUCUGAGCGCCAUGCACCUCGGCGCCGCCAUGGUUUUCAUGCGCGAGUGCACGCCGACGAACUCCUUCAUUCCGAAGUUGUAAACGUCGUCGCGACGACGCGCGAGCCACCCCAUUCGCGAGCAUCACGGGCGAUGGCGCGAAUGAAACAAUAAACUUUCACUCAUUACCACGAAGAAUCCCGUUCUUCGAGUAGAGAUUUUCCCACGGUCUAUCUAUCGCUAGCGUCAAGCCGCGACGCGUCUCGGCGUUUUCUCAACGCCGGCGUCCUUCGCCGCACAACGCGAGUCGUUGUAAUAACUCAACAAAGUUCUCAACAAGCGG